AUGUCUGGCAUGUUGGAGCAUGCGUACGCAGGCAGCUUCGAGAAGUCGGGAACAGCUGGCCAAGCCAAGGAACACGAAUUUCAGCCAGCCCAGCCCCAGUUCGGCUGCCUAGCCUUUCAGGGGACGCCGUUACCCAUAAGGCCUGCAUCCACCGAGGUAUUGACUGAUAGUGCAGUAUGCAAUAUUUCACCUGAUUUAUAUCAGAAAUACCGGCCUUCAGACCCCUGCCUCGAAGUGCCCAAAGACGGGCUAUCUCUGUUGGACGUCAAGAACGAGCUGCUGCUCUCGUACCUGCAAAAUCUCGUCUUUCUGAUCCUGCUCAAGCUGCGCCAUGCCAAAAACGGCGGCUCCAAAGAAGAAUAUGUUGAGGCCCAAAACCUGGACGACUUAGUCGUGAAAAAACUCGUCGAGCUGCGGCUCUACCUAGAGAGGGGAACCCGGCCGCUCGAAGACAAGCUGCGGUACCAGAUCGACAAGGUCCUCCGUGCGGCCGACGACGCGGAACGCAGCGCGCAGGCCACCGAAGCAGCGACAGCAUUGGACGGGAAUGGGUCGGAGCAUGGCUCGGAAUCUGGGUCCGAUGCCGGAGGCGAGGACAGCGCUGACGGGGCGGCGGACGGUCGCAAGAUUUCCGAAAUGCAAUACCGGCCCAACCUCUCUGCCUUUAUCCGGCCGGCGGGCGCCGGCGGCGGCGACGACAAGAAGCGGACUGCGUCUGGAGUGUACAAGCCGCCCCGGAUCGCGCCGACCGUCAUGCCCAAGACGGAGAGGCGGGAGAAGACGGAACGCAAGAACCUCAAGUCGGCCACGCUCGACGAGUUCAUCGCCGACGAGAUGGCCACUGCGCCGAUCGCCCAGCCUAGCAUCGGCACCACCAUCGUCGCCGGCGGACGCAAGGUCAAGACGGUGUCGGAGCGCCGCCAGGAGGACGAGCGGCGCGAGUACGAGGAGAGCAACUUCGUCCGUCUUCCGCUGGAGAGCAAGAAGGACCGCGCGAAGAAGGCUAAGUCGGAGGGCCGCAGCAGCCGCAUGAACUUUGGCGGCGAGGAGUGGAGAGACCUGGGAGAGGGCGUGGACAGGAUCAACCGGCUGACGCAGGGCAAGAGCAGCGGCAUGGGCACGAGGGCGCUGCUCGAGAAGAGCCGCAAGAGAGGGUUCGAGACGACCGACGGCCCCCGCGGCAGCGGCGCCAGCGAGGGAACCAACAUGGGCGAACGAUACCAGAAGAAGCUCAAGGUGCUCGAGACGGGGCGCAAGGACAGGGGCAAGAAGCGGUAA